AUGGAGGCCUACACCCCGAACACAUGCGAGACAAGUGCAGAGAGAGUAGUGGGGGCUUCAAGUCUGGGCAGUGUGGUGGAGUGUAGAGGUAUAUCCCAGGCUACGUUUUUCAUGUGUGUGAGCUGUGCUGAGACUCUCUCCAGUACACACAUCUGUGAACACAUCAUCAGCGCGCAACACCAGCAGUGCUACAUGUUUUCCCAGUAUAGUCCUAUGCGCUGUGAUUGGUUGAGAGAGCAGCAGCAGCCUCCGAGUCCACAGCUCCUCAGGAAGGUUGCUUCAGCACUGUCACAACUGGAGGUGGAUCUAGAUGCACAGGUGAUGCUGCUGGAUCAGAUGUGGUAUAACCUUGUGCAGUCAGCUCCAUUCUACGAAGCCAUGUACAUGCUGCAGGAACAGAAUCAGAAUGCCCUGUGUCUACACACAGCAAGCAGACAUCAGCUUUUUCACCCAGUUGGUCCUGACCCAGCAACGGAGCAGGGCUUUGACCAGAACCACAGAGUGAUGGAUAAACUGACCAUGGAUCAGAUUGAGCCCCAUCACCUCCUGCAGACAGCAGAUACAGUGGCUGGUAAACUGACUGGAGAUCAGCUGGAGUCAGGCCAGUGCAUACAGACCGCAGACAGACGGCCAGAUAAUCAGAACCCGGAUCAGCCCCAGUGGAGCCAGAGCUCAGAGAGAACAGAGAUGGUCCCUGAGCCAAUAAGAGCCAAGACACCACAUAAUUCUGAGCCAAUCAGAGACCAGACACCACAGAACAUUGAGCCAAUCAGAGCCAAGACGCCAAAGAAUUCUGACCCAAUAAAAUUCCAGACACCACAGAACACUGAGCCAAAAAGAGCCUGGAUGCCACAGAACUUCUCAGAACCACAUCUGGACCAAGACAACACAGUCAUUGUCAAACAGGAGCCUGUGGACCCCAAGGUGGAACCUCAGCCCCAUCCUCAUACCCAGCCUGAGGUGGACCCCUUAAAGGGUGUGUGUGAGGUGGAGUACCAGGGGACCGUCCCAGGACACAGCCAAGAGGUGACACGAAUAGGAGGGGCCACAGAGAACUCCCUUCACCCCACCAAGAACCUGCGAGACUCAGUCAACAACAGCCUGCCUUUGGUCGGUCUCAGUGCAAUGAUAGAGUGUUGCAGUGAGGGCCAGGUGUCCUUCUACCUGUGUGUGUCGUGUGGCAGCAAAAUUGAAAAAACUCUACUCAUCAGCCAUGUCCUUAAAUACAGACACCGACAGCUGUACCUGACAAUGAGGUACCCGUGGUAUUUCCUUGGUGUGGUACCAGCCCGAGGGUUGGCAGAACAGUCCAGACUGAUGCAGAUUGCUAAGGAGGUGGAGGAGCAGAACCAUGAUGAGCCUGGCACGCUACAGGAGGUGAUUCUGGCCCCUGCUGACUUUGACGAGAUCAAACGGAUGCUGUUUGAUAAAGCUGUAUCCCGUUUGCAGGAGAUCUGUAGAGAGCAGAACCAGACUGAACUCCUCACCAUGGUCACCAGCAAACCUGAACCAAUAGUGGUCAAGCAGGAGAUUGUGGAGUGCCAGGUGGUCUCCCAUCAGGCCUUGGGGCAAUUCCUACCGCCACAGAGAUGUAGGAGAAACACGGGAAAACGUUGUUCUAACGUUGAGGGGUCAGAGGUGAGGGGUCAGCAACAGGUGAAGAAGAAAAAGGUGUCUAGUCCCCCUGAGGGUAACACUGCCCCUGUCAUCUGUCUAUCAUCUCCUGAAGUCACCAAGUCUUCUGAAACACACACUGUCAACCAGACACACACCAUCACACCCUCACCCACACAAUCCAACACUAAGCCGAAACUCACAUACACACACUCUGACUCUCAAACUAAACUUAAACCUUCACGCACACACCCCAAACCCAGUUCAACAGCCCCAGAAUAUACUAGACCCAAACUCAUUCCCCAUUCUGCCACCAAGCCCUCCGGUAUCCCUGCCGACAGCCUGACUGUUGCCAAAGAGUCCUCUAGCAAGAAACCCACUCACACACUGUGCAAACCCACACACACACUAUCCAAUAGCCAGAAGCUCACUGACAAACAUUCGGACAAAAUUGAGUCUCAGAAACAUACUGAAAAGGCUAAACCUACUCGCACACACAGUGAACGCACACACAGAAACCGCACACACACUCGCAAACACAGUGACCUCACACACACUGACAAAGCCAAAGACGGACACAGUGACAGGACCAAACGCACACACAGUGACCGCAAACACACUAAGAGACAUUCUGACCACUCACGCUCUCACACCCGCUCUAAGAGACAUAAUCGUAGCUCCAGACGUUCCUCCAAAGCCUCCCCCAGAGCUAGUCCCUCUGAGCCCCCCCUGCUCUCCCCCUACUCCCCCGCUGCAUUCUCCCCCACCAGAGCCACUUCUGCGGCGAGCCUAAGCCAGGUCAAACCCAGCCAACCUUCCUGCCUAGUCAACAAACAACUACCCAAACAGUCCAGCCAACCAACCAAGAGACCUCCCAACCCAACCUCAGCAGUCAGACCUCUCCAGACCCAGGCCAACCCUCCCAACAACACCUCUUACCCCCACCUGCACCCAGAAAGAACCGGACCCAGGACCCCCCACUGGACCCAUGACCCCCCACCCGGACCCAUGACCCCCAACCCCGGCAAUCCCUCCCUGCCUCACUCCUCCACCUCCACCCCAGCCAGAUCCUGUCUACGCCUCUGGGGUUAAGAAGAAGACUUCCAUCGUAGACUGUGAUCAAUUUGUGGAAUACUUUGUCUCUUUGUUGCGCUCCCCCCACUUUCCUCCUGCCCUAACCACCCCAGAGAGUGCAGAGAGCGCUGAGGCUCAUACCAGGGCAACAGGCCCUAACCCUGGAGGGGAG